GCUUCACAUCAACAUCCAACAAGCAGCUAGUAGAAGUGUUCCACGCACAACAUCUAACGAGCAGAAUAUUGGGAAUGUGGUUAUCUACCAUACAAUAAGCUCGAUUUCUUUUGUAUUCUAACGAUCGUUCUGCUAUUCAUUACGCGAAUUAAUAUAUGUGUUAUUGAAUUGAAAUAAAUUAUAUUUUUGUUUUUUUAUUUGCUCGACAUUAUUUCCAUUAAUUCGUCCAGAUACACUGUUAACCAACUCAAAGUAAAUAUGCGAACGAAUUGCAUUUGGUUAUAAAAACAUUGUAUUGUUAUCAUUUUUGUUCAAUUUUAUACAAGUAUAUCUGAUUUUUAUUGUCACGAAGAAAUAGAGAAAAGGAUGAUGGAGCACGAUACGCUAAGUGAAAGCGAGGAAGGAGAAAUAGAAUCUGAUUUUGGUGAAGAUUUAGAUGAAGAGUUGCAAUCUUUACCUCAUGUAUUAAAACUUAUACGUGAAAUGCGAGAGACUAUCAAGAAGCAACGUAAAAAGAUCAGAAAAUUAUAUAAUAAAUUACAAAAACAGAAAAAUUUAAAUCAAAUGCAGAAUAAGAAUUUUGUAGAAUAUGGUACUCAAACAGAUCCUUUAGAAUACGAAAACAAAUCUUUAACAUUAAAUUGGGAUUUAAGUAAUAAUACAAAAUCAAAUAGUAUUGUUGAGCAAGUAAAGGAAGUAGCAGAAUCUGUCUCAUUGCAGAAUGGUUUUGUAUAUGAGGAAACUUCUGGAUUAUAUUACAAUUAUAGUACAGGAUAUUAUUAUGACGCUAAACAAGGACUUUAUUAUGAUGGAAAUUCUGGAAUAUAUUAUUAUUAUGAUGAGAGCAGUAAAACGUACAAGUUUCACAGUCAUGCGCAUGCAGUUACGGAUAAUAUUGCACAUUCCGAAGAAAUCAAAAUGGAAGAAAAUACAGAUAGCAAAAAGGAUACGCUGAAAAAACGCAAACUCGAUCAAGAUGGAGAGAAGUUAAGAGAUGAGUCUGAAGAGGAUGAUGAAUACACGGACAGCGAUAAUGAACAGAGCUCUUGUAACAUUACACCAGAAUUGUCCACUAAUAGUGAGACUGAAAAUGAGGAAGAACAAGAUAUAGCAAAGACGUAUCCACCAUGCAUGAGAAUUAUAGUUGAAGAAACAAACCUUCCAAAAUUAAAAGUUGGCUCGCUCUUCCUCAUAGCAUACACAGGUGGUACAAUGGGUAAAGAAGAAGAUAAUUUAGUUGUAAUACCAGAUAUGAAUGUCAGUAAGUAUCACGCACGAUUCUUCUACAAUGAGAAAACGAAUUCUUACUGGAUAGUAGAUUCAGGAUCGAGGAAUGGUACAUUUUUAAAUGGGAAAAGAUUGUCUGUAGCUAAACAAGAGUCUGUGUCAUAUGAGAUAGUACAUGGUUCAAUAAUUCAAGUGGGUAAUACAAAACUGUUAUGUCAUAUACAUAGUGGAAAUAAAACUUGCGGUCACUGUGAACCAGGAUUAGUUCAACACAGUGCAAAUACAGAAGAAAAUGUACUGUCAAAAAAGACUACUCAUAAACAAGAAUUAAGAAGAUUAAAAACGAAGUUUGGAAUAGAAAAAGAUAAUGCUGCGUCUGCCAGUCAAUUAGCAACCGGUUAUCAGGAUAGAGCACAAGCUCGUAGAAAGAAUGUUGGUUCAUCAAAUCAUCAUGCCAAGACUGAACAGAGUUCUACGGAAAAAUCGAUAGCAAAAGAUAAUCGGGGAUUCAAGUUAUUAUCUAAAAUGGGAUGGUCUGAAGGUCGUUCCUUAGGAAAAGAUGGCGAUGGUAGAACCGAACCGAUAGCUAUAUCGAACAAUUCAAACAGGAGUGGCUUUGGUGCGGUUGAAACUGAUUUUCCUAAGAUCGAGUUGGAUUCUAACGUUGAGAAGAAACAGGCAAGAUGGCGUAAAACACAACAACGGUACAAACAAAUUAUGAAAUAAAUAAAAUUGAUUUCAUUAAAAGAAGAAGAAUUAAAAAAAUCUAAUCUAAUCGCAAAAUCAGGAAUGGCAUUUUUCAAUGAUUCAAUUUAUUAUAUAUAUAGAGAGAGAGA